UUCGUAUUCUUACUGUUGUCUUCAUCUCCAUCUCCAUCUCCAGGUCGUCGUCUCGAUUCUCAAACCAAAGCAGCGUCGCAUCCGCGUGCAACAUUUCUUAGCACCCAAGGGCUUUUUUUUUUUGGGUCUUCCUACUCGGACGUUUUAGCGUUCUGUCACAACUGCUCGCUGAAGGACAGUGAACGCUUCGUGGUCACGGUGUGAAAUGCCCCCGAACGAGUCCAGUGUCAUUGCCCUCGUUCCGCUGCUGUUGACGAAUAUGGACGGUUGUCAGUCGUCCUCGUCAUCGUCAAUUCUUGCUGCGUCAAUUCUCGCCCCUGCCUGCUCCGUUGCUACUGCCGCCUCAUCCAACGCACCAACCCAGGGCUCAACUCUUGCGGCGCCCUUCGAUACGCCGGUCACCUCUCCGCCAUCGGGACUGCAGCAACCUUCUUCCACGUCGUCCACCUCGCUUCCGUCGGCGGACGGUUCUGCGACUUCUGACUGCUUUCCCCAGCCAGUUCAAUCGGCUUCCGCAACAACAACAACAACCACAACCACAACUACAGCUGAUACAACCAUCAACGAUGGCGCAAACAUUACUGCCAAUCGCGCCGCGGUGCCUGGAGCAUUGGACGGGCACAACGCCGCCGCGAUGAUGUCGCGUUUUGACACCACCGCUACAGCGCUCACCCCUCCCUCCGAACCCCUGGUAGGGUCUCCACCAUCGCAGCACGCACAGCAGUAUCAUCAUCACCACCAGCACCAGCACCAGCACCAGCACCCACACCACCAACAUCAAAGACACCUGCAGCAUCCUCAUCGGCAGCCGCAGCUCAGCGAUCACUUUGUUCAGGUGUACGGGACUUCGCUGGCCAACGCCUUCGGGGUGGAGCCUGCUCGUCGACAAUCCACGCCAACGGCGAGCUGGUACGAUUCGCGUGCCGGUGCGUCCACUGCAUCCUCAUCCGGCAACCAUCGCUCGCUGUCCCGCUCCGCGUCUCUGCGAACCUCGAGCAGCAGCGACUCGGCCCUGCCUCAAGUCUUCCAACUGACGCCGACAUCCACCUCCUCGCGUCACACGGGACAGCACAGCCACUUCCCCGCCCUGACGCAGCAUCAUUCUCAGCAGCAGACCCUAUUGUCGUUGUCCACGUCUGGUACCAGCACCCCGACAAUGAAGCAUGCGCCAGUGCUCGAGUGUGACGAUCUGGCCGCCGCCGCCGCCGUCGCAAGUGGCCACGCUCUAUCGUCGUUGGCUUGCGACGAGGACAGGCCACUCUACACUACUACCGCUGAUGCGGUCGCGGCACUCGCACCACAAGCCUCGGCAGCAGAUGCCGCGUCUUCACUUGGGCUGCCAGUAGAGCCAAGGAAGCGCGCUUCGAGCAAACCGCCGUCGCUCUCCCUGCUUCCCACUGCUGGUAGCCACGAAACCGCGCCCCUCAAAGCGCUGUCUGGAGGUUUCAGCUUGGAUCGUCUCCUGUUCGAUUGUGCUCAUGCCACCUAUGCCCACUGGGAGCGCGAUACCGAAGACCUGGCAGCGCUGAACGAUAUUGUCGCAGUGGAUUCCAUUUCGCUUGUUCCACCAAAGAAGCAGCAUCCGGCGCCCCUUUCGCCCAGCUCCAUGUCUGCCUUCCUGGGUCCCGAGGCCUCUUCUGGCCUUGCGUCGCGCAUUGCCAUGACCAGAUCUGCCUCAAAAUCGACCGUAGCCACGCUUUCCCGCGUUGCUCAAGCGCUGGAAGUUGUUCAGCAGCAACAGCAACAGCAGCAACAACGCCACCCUCUUCCAAGUAGCUUGUCUGCGACUGAGCUGCGCCAGCCCGAUGCUGCUGCCUUGCCAACUGCUUCAAUUGAAUCAAAGCUCGUCUUGCAAAAUGCACUUCCGCCACCACAGCAGCAGCAGCAGCAACAGCCACAACAACCACCACCACCACAACAACAGCAGCAGCAACAACAACCACCACAACAGCAACAGCAACAACCUGCAACAUCAUCCACGGCAAGCUCACUUUCGCCCAAGGCCCAUCAUUCACCCACUCACCAGCAGCAGGCCAUCGCCAUUCCCGGCAGCUCGACUGGGCUUUCACGCGUGCAGCAGCUUGAUCAUGGCAGCGCGUUGGUUUCGCCCUUGUCGGACGCCGCCACUCCUCACAACCCGUCUCGCGUUACGUCGGCCUUCCCUUCGCUUGCUUCAUCGUACCAAUCGUCUGGAGUCUUUUUCGCGUCGCCAUCGGCGGGUUCGGCCGGGUUUUUCAACGGGCACCACGGCAAUGGCUCCUUCUCUGCAUCCAUGGGUGCUGCCACGUCCACCCCGGCAAUGCACUUUUCGCUCUUCCCGUCGUGUUCGAGUGGAGCCAUGGUGCUGCAGUCCAUGGCCAAGUACAAUUUGACGACCGAUCGCAUUCUUGACGAGGGCACCAACGUCAUGGUGCGCAUGCUGUGCAAAAUCUGCCCAACGCUGUCCACCGCGUCGGCCACCUCGGACGCGACCACGAUUGAGUCGUUCCGGAACUUCGCCAAGAAGGUUGUCCGCGAUGGUCGCAUUGCAUGCUCAGUUUUUCUGACUGGCCUGGCCUUUGUCGAGCGCUUUGUCGACAAGGUGCAGCUGUUUCAACGAUUGGAUCCGCGCACGUCUAGCCCUCUGACGUUUGCCGCUCCGGCUGCCGGCGGGUUUCUGACCAGUGGCGCGCUGGGCUUACUUUCGGGAUCUCCGCCCCACGGCCACGCCUCGGGCUCAACAUAUGGGGCAAAGGCGACCGUCAGCUCUGCGCAGCUUGCCGCGUCAUUCCAACAGUCGACGUUCCUUGUGGAAGGCACGCGCACGCUUUGCCCCGGCAGCGAGCGACUGAUUGUGCUCGGCUGCAUGAUGAUUGCAUUCAAGCUGUUGAUUGACGGCGCGUAUUCCAUUGGCGCGUGGAGCGUUGUUGCCGGCAUGCACUCCGACCACGUUCAUCGCUCCGAGCUUGGUGUGCUUGCUGCCCUCGACUACGAGAUUGGCAUGAAGGAUGGCACUCUGGCGCACUUUAUCGAGCGACGAUUCUCUUCUCGCUGAAGGCGUCUCUGUUGCCUCACGUUUUGUUAAGAAAAAAAAAAUCCCAAUAAUUCGACUUUAGAAUUAUCGCUUCAGGUUGUACUUUGUGUUUCGAAUGUCACUGAUAAUACAAUAAGUUUUGCACA